AUGGGUGAAACUAAAAGAGUGCAUAAAAAGGAUGAAGUUAAAAGAGGCCAGUCCAAACAAACUGCAAAGUCCACAGAGAAGGCAAACAGCAGCAAAAGUAAGACUAAUGUAAGAGUUGCAGCGAAGUCCAGGGAGGCCAGCCAAAAGCCCCCCUCGAAAACGGUGAACAAGAGGAGGGACAAUGAGUCUAAAGAUGAGAGCGACAAGGCAUCAGAGAGUAGUGAAGAAAGCUCAGAGGAGGCCACUGAAUCGGAUUCUGAAAAGCAAAAGGAGGAGGAGCACAGCAGUGAGCAGGACAGGUCUACCAGGUCUACCAGAAGUGAGGAGAGCGAGCACAAGCGUCAUCAGGACAUAAAACCUACAGACGAACAAGAAUCUGAAACGAAAAGUGACUCAGAUAGAGCUGCCAGCGAAUCUGAAGAGGAACAAAGCCCAGAACCUUUAAAUAAACAACAAAAUCAACAAGAUGGAGACAGUUUGGAAUCUGAUAGCACAGAUGGAAGUGAUGAAGAACUAACCAAGAAACCUGUCGCUAGAUCACGCAGAAAAACUGGACAAAGUAAAGCUUCGAAGCAAGUGCAAGGCAAAAAGAUGUUUAGGAAAAACAAGGGUGACAAGGAGGCGGAAAAACAAGAAAAACGUUUGGCAAAAGCAGAGAGGCAAAGACUGGAGAAGGAGGCCAAGCAGAAGGCAAAAGAAGAGAAGAAAAAUCUAAAAAUUCUCAAAAAGCAAGAAAAAUCCAAGAGUAAAAAACAAGCUCCUGGGGGUCGGUCAAAAAAAACUGAACCUACAAAGAAGACCGUUCAUGAGAAUAGCACAGAUAACCCCAGUGAGGAAGAAGAGGAUGAGGAGGAGAUGACAGAGCCAAAUCUAUCCACAGCCAUUAAGGCUCAAGACCAAUUGAAGCUGCUGAAAAACAAAAGUAAAGACUUACAAACACUUCUGGAGUCUGAAGGGAAAGGUGAAGACCAAAAGAAGGGAGGUCCAGACCAGAGUUUUCUCAUGAAGAAGGCUCAGAUGAAGGCACUGCAGAAGAAAACCCACAUGAUACUGAACAAAUCCAAGCAAGGAGAGGACCUGUCUCAACCUAAAGGUGCGGGACUGAGAGUAGCAAACGUGCGAUCCUUGUACGAAGAGGAGACAGACAGGGAAGUGGCUGAGCUCAUGGGGAACAGAGGGCUGUACACCAUCAUCCAGCCAGACAUGCACUGGGCGGAAAAUCCCUGCAUGAGUGGAGACCCUCAGGUGGUGCUGCCGGGUAGUAACAGGCUUGUGGAGGUGGAUGAGCUGGAGGAUCUGUCCCAGUUAGAAGAAACCUACAUUGGAAACAUGUUGCUGUCCAUUAACCCUUUCAAGCCUCUUAACAUCUACACGGAGGAGCUGCGGUUGAGAUACCAGGGCCAGGAACAGCACAGGAACCCUCCUAGUCAUGUGUAUGCUGUAGCAGACGCAGCUUAUAAACACUCCCAGGUUUCCUCACAAGAACAUUGCAUCAUUGUCAGUGGACAGAGUGGAUCUGGCAAGACUGAAGCUACCAAGCUGAUUGUGCACUACCUCAGUUGCAUGUACGAGGAGGGAAAUGGCACUUUGCGGCAGCCCAUGGAGGUCUUUCAUAUCCUGGAAAGCUUUGGAAAUGCCAAAACCAUCCUCAACAACAACUCAAGUCGCUUUGGUAAAUACCUGCACAUACACAUCCUGCGGGGGUCUGUUGUUGGAACCUCUCUCUCCCAGUAUCUCCUCGAGAAGUCGAGAGUGGUAUUCCAGGCCAGCGAGGAGAGGAACUUCCAUGUGUUCUAUGAGAUGUUGGCUGGAAUGAACGAAUGGGACAAAGAGGAACUGUAUCUACAAGGAGCUGAGACCUACUACUACCUCAACCAGGGUGGCGCCUGUGAGCUGAAGGGAAAGCAAGAUAAACAGGACUUCCUGUUUUUGGUUCAAUGUUUUGAAACCAUUGGUCUGCACCCAGAUCAGAUCAGUACAGUGUGGGCCAUCCUGUCAUCCAUUCUGCAGCUGGGCAACAUCUGCUUCAGCUCCUACGAGAGCGAGUCGUUGGAGGUGGCCCGGAUCUUCAGCCAGUGUGAGGCCAGGAGGGUGGGCUCCCUGCUGCAGGUCUCUUCUGAUGCCCUCCAAACUGUCAUCACACACCGAGUCACUGAAACCACUUAUGAUAGAAUCUACUGCCCUCUUUCUGUGGAAAGUGCCAUUGAAUCCAGAGAUGCCAUUGCCAAAGCCUUGUACUCGGUGCUGUUUCACUGGCUGCUGGAACAGAUCAACGAUUGGCUGAGUCCUGCAGAGAUGGACAGCACAGUGGGCGUUGUGGACAUUUAUGGUUUUGAGGACUUGGCAGUGAAUAGCUUUGAGCAGCUUUGUAUAAACUUUGCCAACGAACAACUCCAGCACUUUGUCAACAAGGCCGUCCUCACUCAGGAACAGGAAGAAUACCAUACAGAGCAGAUUCAGUGGUAUCCAAUGCCUCUCAAAAACUCAACUUCCUGCGUAGAUCUCAUCUCCUCUCGCCCUCAUGGCAUUCUCCGCAUCCUGGAUGACCAAACCUGCCUGCCCCAGGCUACGGACCACACUUUCCUUCAGAAAUGCCACUAUCACCAUGGGAACAACCCAUUCUAUGCCAAGCCCAAGAGCCCCAUGCCUGUGUUCACAGUGUAUCACUACGCCGGAGCUGUGACCUACCAGGUUCAAAAUUUCCUGAAUAAAAACCAUGAUCAGUUCCGAACAGAGGUCUUGGAGCUUUUUGCCAAAAGUCGGCUGAACAUGGUGUCCGAGCUCUUCAGGAAGGUCCAUGAGGGGUACAUCCAGCAGAGGGAGCUGGGCUGGAGGAGUAAGGGCCUCCGCCAGCAGCCCACCACUGCAGCCUCCCACUUCCUUCAGUCACUUAGUGAACUCACACAACGUCUCGAAAGAUGCAAAACCACCUUUAUCCGCUGUCUCAAACCAAACUAUGUGAAGCUUCCAGGGAUAUUUGACUUGAACUACAUGUCAGCUCAGCUCAGACACGCUGGGAUCCUGGAAACCAUCCACAUCCGAAAAGAGGGCUAUCCCAUACGGAUUCAGUACUCCCACUUCAUGCAGAGAUAUGGGGUGUUGCUGAACCUACGGGACAGUCAAGGCUCAGACAGGGAGCAGACUGUGGCUCUGCUGAACUCAAAUGGAGCAGAGGCAGGACAGUAUCAGCUUGGACUCACCAAGCUUUUCCUGAAGGAGCGUCUGUACCAGCUGCUGGAGGACAAGUGGAGCAGCACUCAGACUUGGGCAGCCAUCACUAUUCAGAGGAACAUCAGGGGCUUCCUGUGCAGGAGGAACUUUCGCUUCUUCAAACAGAAAGCCAUCGUCAUUCAGAGCCACAUCCGUGGACACCAGGCCAGGAAGUACUACAAGAGGCUGAGGCAGACCAUUACUCAGUUCUGGGCUGCAAUAAUGAUCACCAGGAACACCAUCAAACAGCACCACUGGAGGAAGGAUUUCCAAGAGAAGAAAAAAACAAAGGCGGUGACCAAGGCAAAGUCUAUCCUCCCAAGUAUGGAUGUGGGGCUGUUGGAGAUCCCAGCCGAGCUUUCUGCCAGACUCCAGGCCGGACCAGGACGGGUCCAGGGGUCUGAGGUCACUGUAGUGGCCUCCCCACAGGUUAGGUCUGAACACAGGCUCAGCCUUCCUUCAGAUAUCGACCGUUAUCCAUUCUCUCGGUAUGCCAAGACCUUAUUAAAGGACACAUGGUGCCAGCCUCAGGGUCUCCCGCUCCAGAGACCACUCACUCCUUUGGGGCAAGACGAUGCCAGAAGUGCCCUGGACCUGAACAAACUGAUCCUUCGGUUCACUGGUGAGCAGGACAUGAACUUUUGGCAGGAGCAGGUGUUGGGGAACUUCAUUGUGGAGAAGUGCCAGAGCCGUCCAGCUUUAAGAGAUGAGAUCUUGGUUCAGUUGGUGUACCACACGUGGGAGCAGAACGACGAGCAGAGAGGGCUUAGGGGCUGGCUGCUCCUGGCCUGUUGCCUCAGUGCCUUCUCCCCUUCACCAGCGUUGGACAGGCCUCUGCUCAAAUAUGUCUCUGAUCAGGCUCCAGACCAGUACUGUUCUCUGUGCCAACAUAAACUGCUGACAUCACUACAGCUGCCCCCUCCCAGUGCCCGAAUCUACCCCCCCACACAACUGGAGUGGACCUCCAACCAGAAGAGGAGUGGCAUGCUGCUGGAAGUCCAUACCUUCAACGAUGAGAAAAUGACAGCAGAAGUGGACUCCUGGACCACGGGGGAGCAGCUGUCUUCAUGGCUUCUCCAUUUCAGAGGGGUAACGGAGGCGCUUCAGGGCUGGUCAGUCUCACUCUUUGCAGACGAAGCCUGGACAGAUCUGGCGGGCUCCGACUUUGUCAUGGAUCUUCUGGCUGGAGCGGAGGCAGAAGUGCCACUCCCCCCUGGGACCCCCUCGUCACAGUCGGACUACCUCUUCACUCAUGGAGACAGGACUGCCUCUUCAGAUCUGGAUGGAUUUAUCCCCCCAGCUCCUCUCAUGCAAGCCCCUGAGCUCCCAUCACCAGAAGCAAACCCCUGGAGAAGAGACUAUCCACAGGAAGGUCGUGGUCGGCAGAUGGAUGCCUAUGUUGACAACUUGUUUGAGCCAGUGCUGGAUAAUGGGCCUCCGGAUGCAGAGCGAGUGGCCCUGCUAAACCGCAGAAUGAGAGGAGCAGGAGGAGUCGGACAAAUGCGCAAUGGAUUUUAUGGAGCAGGUGUACCUAUGUCAAUGCCUACUUAUCCAAUGGGAGCACCAAUGGCUCCCUCCAUGCCUCUCUAUGGUACCAACCCUAUGAUGCCAUCCAUGCCAGCCAUGAUGAUGCCGCAGAGCCCGGUGAUGAACCCAGCAAUGAACCCGAUGAUGGGCCCCUCCAUGGCGGACCCCAUGCAGAUGGCAGCCACUCAACAGGCCCUCAUCAACCAACAGGCUGUUCUUAUGGCCCAGCAGAUGACUAUGCAGGCCAUGACUCUGUCCCAGCAGCAGGAGCAACAGAGGAAACAGCAGCGCCAAAGAGGGCUGAGGGAGGAGAGAGAAGAGAGAGAAGAGCGAGAAGAGAGGGAGGAGAGAGAAGAGGAGGAGAGGAGGAGGAGAAGACGUUCCCAACACAGACCCAAAGAGCGCUCCAGAUCACCAUCUCCACCGCGCCCACCUCCAUCUCCCCCUAAAAAUAAAACCACACCCCUCAAACGCAACACCAGUGUCAGGAAGCCUGAGCCAGAGCCAGAGAGAGAAGUGGACUUACCAGACCCUGAAGACCUACAGUCAGUUCAGGACAAGUUGGAGUUCUUUGAGAAGAUUGGAGAGGCCACCUCUGUGAAGCAGCAUCCGGUGUCACGCCCCUCUUCCUCCUCUCCCCCGGUGAGACAACAUCGUUCUCCACCUCGGCCCAGUCCCUCUCCUCCCCCUGUUAAACCCAAACCUAAAGCGAAGAGCCCAAAGCCUGUUCCUGCCAAAGAAGACACCACCCCCAAACCAAGCCCUGUCCCUCUGACCCAACCACGCCCUGAACCCACCUCAAACAUCAGAGAAAUCAUCAAACAGUACAACAGCCGUCCUUCUCCUGAUGCAGUGUCCAUUCAGCCUGCGAGACCUAGUAAAAAACAGUUUGUGAAGAAGACUGACCCUAAACAGGAGGCUCUGGACAAAUUGAAAAAUGCAUCCCCAGUGGAGCAACAAAAGGUGAGGGACAUCAAAAACUAUGCCCCACCUCGUCCCAAGACCCCCUCACCACCACGUUCCCCUGUGUCCACAAGGGGACGCAGAGCGAUUUCUAACAACAUGAGGCAGAAACAGCGCCCUUUGGAAGAGCUGUUCAAUUCCCAGCGCUCAAAGCAGAAACCUCCUCCUCCAACUCCCCCGAAGCUCCUCCCCCCUCCACCUCAGCCCACACCUGUUUCCCAGAGCAUCCCGGAUCCCCCGGAAUCAGCUGCGCCCACUCUCAUUGAAGAUGAUGAAGGCUUUUCCUCUGGGUUACAUCGUUUCCUCCCUCAGAGCUACCUUUCCUACUCCAAACUGCCGGGCAAGUUUUUCCUACGUAAAGAGGUGUUUUAUCCCAAAGAACUGUUUAACCGGGCCUAUAUCCUCAAUCUGCUGUGUGAACAGAUCAUGAGAGACACAUAUUCAGACAGCUGCCUGCGAAUCAGCCGAGAGGAGAGGAGGAAGAUGAAAGAUCUACUUGCCAACUUCAAUGUCGGCACAACAAUAAGCACCAUCCAGGAUGACUUCAUGAAGAAGAGAAUUGUCAUUGCGGCUCGGGACAACUGGGAGAACUACUUCAGCAGACUAUUUCCUGUCAAGGUGGACAGUCAAGAAGCUCAGAUUUUAGGGGUGACCCAUCGAGGGAUCCGCCUCCUCAAAGUGGUCCGUGCCUCGGGAAUUAACCCCAAACACCUCCGACUUCUUCGCAGCUACAGUUUUGCAGAGAUGAUGUCUGUAGAGCUCACAGGUGCAGACAAAGUGGAGGUGGAGCUGAAAAGUGAGAAAAUGGUGCUUCAGUCCAACAGGGCUCCUCAAAUCUAUGCCAUGAUCAAACUCUUUCUACAUGAACUCAUCCAGGGCUCAGGUCACGUGGUGGCACUAAAGAGUCACAUGACAGAUGACAAAAGCAUGCUCAGCUUCACCAGAGGAGAUGUCAUCAGACUGCAGGCAGUAGAGGGACUUCAGACAGGCUGGAUGUUUGGUUCCACCGGAGGGCGCUCUGGUUUGUUCCCAGUUGAACUCACUCAGCCUUCUGCUGCGCCGGACUAUCAUGGUCUGCACCUGGACCGAAGAGAUGAGAGGAGGAAGAGCAUGAGGAGCUUGAGGCCUCCCCCAGGGCCCACACCACAAGGGCCCAUACCACAGGGGCCCAUGUCACAGAGGCCUCCUCAGCAGAGACAAUCUCCAUUGGGACCGCCUUCUGACAGCAGAGAGCCUUCUAUCCACAACUCAGUUCAGGGUUGGGGUCAGAACUCUCCACGAAGUUCUGUCCAGGGACAGGAGGCCUACUCUCCUAUGGCUGAGUUUGCCAUGAAAUACUUCCGCACUGGAACAGAAGGCUUGCCACUCACUGGGAGGAGCUUUUCUGAGGCUGUCAAAUAUACUAAUGUGCCUCUGCAGGAGUCUCUCAUUCUUUACAAUGACCAAGAGUUAAACCAGCAGUCGCUAGAGUGCUUCUGCAGCCUGCUGCAGUUCAUGGGAGACACACCUCUUCCUAAAGACAGCAGCCAAACCAACUGCCUGCACCACAUCUUACUGCUGGGGAAGGAAAAUGAACUUCUGAGAGAUGAAAUCUUCUGCCAAAUUGUGAAGCAAAUCACAGACAACCCUAAUAAGUCCAGCUGCACAUCAGGCUGGAGGAUGCUCAACCUCUGCACAGGCUUCUUCUCCUGCUCUGGGACGCUCCAGCCAUACCUCUGCCACCACCUAGAGUUACUUGCCUGCAACCCUCACAACCCUUACCAGGUAAGAGGCUUCCAAGGUGUGAUCAGUGAUUUUGAAAGUCGCUCCCUCUCUUUUGGAGGCCGUCGGACCAUUCCUUCUGAAAUAGAAAUGGAAGCUCUCAUGGCAGGAAAAAGCUCUCGGCGAAUUGGCAUCAAGCUUCCAGGAGAAGUGGAGUUCCCCAUGAAAAUCCGCAGCUUCAACAUGGUUAUAGACGUCGUGAGUGAUCUCUGCAGUGAGAUGGCCAUUAUAGACCCAGCUGAAGUGAAUGAGUUUGCUAUCAUUGCCAACCGAGAUAAAGAUGGCGUGGCGAGACCCCUCCACCCUGAAGAAUACAUCUUUGACUUCCUCCUUGACGAUCUCUCCAUUAGUCUAUCCCUGAGGAGGCUCAUCUGGAGGACCCCUCUGUCCUUCAACAAUGACCUGUAUAUCACCUUCCACUACCAGCAGUUGUUGGAGCAGUACCUGAAACAGCAGAUGCCUCUGGGCUCUGGAGGGGUACAGCAGAUGGCAGAACUGGCUGCUCUGCAGAGAUUAGCCGAUGAGUUCCACAGUGCUCCAUCACUAGCGGAGCUGAGGCAGUAUUUGCCCUCCCACGAGGCUGGGGGACAUCUGGAGGAAAUCCUCUCUCUCUGUAUGAGGCAGAUGUCACAACUGCAGGGUCUCAGUCCUCAGGAAGCCAAGAUCCAGUUCAUCGACUUUAUGAUUUCUCAGCCCCUGUUUGGCUCCAGCCUGUUCUGGGCUGAGAAGGUGAGCCAGCGUGGUGUUCCCUCUCCCUGUAUCAUCAGCAUCAGUCAGGAUGGAGUGAAGCUCAUUCAUCCCAAAACCCAGGAGCAAGUGUUCCACAUCACCCUAGAGGACAUACAGGCCAUGCGGACUGUUCGCCCAAAGAAGCUGGGCAAAGUUCCAGGAGUGGAGAUUGAUUAUGGAAAUCCAGUCCGGCCAAAGAAAUUCUCAGUUCAAACCAAGCAGGCUAAGGAGCUGUGCCACAUCCUGGCCCUGGUGAUUAAAGAGCUGGUGCAUCCUCCAGUCAGCAGCUCUGUCUCCAACCACUAGCUUAUGCCAAAGCAUAGUAUUCAAGGACUUCUGUGAAUCUGAUAUUAAUCAUUUAUUGUUUACAUUUUGCACGAUUAUGAAAAUAAAUAAUACCAAACUAAUUUUUAUAGAAAAUCAAACUUGAGAUCAAACCAAUACACCAAAUAUGUCAUUAUCUAUGUCUGUAUCACUGAAUAUUUAAUUGUAAUUUGAAAACAAUUGUCUUAUUAAUUAUGUAAUAUAAAUGAUGACACUUUGCAUUCAAUUUAAUUUUUGUAAAAAAUGUUUAAAAACUUGAUCUACAGUAGUUAUUUAUAUUGUAUUGACUCAGUGAUAUGAUGAGGUUAUAUAUGAAGUUGUUCAAAAACCAAAAGGGUACAUUUAUUUAGUAAAAUUAAUGCUCAAAUACAUUAGAGAAAAAUAAACCACAAACGCACAAAAAGACCAGAUUUAACACUAAAUAACACCUACAUAAAUGUGGCGGCACUUUAAUUGCCAGUGAUCCCAAGUAAGUCUGGUGUUUUUUUGUUGUUGUUUUUUUUUUACUCAGUUCUGUAUGCGGCAGGUGUUAGGUAGGGUUGUCCAUAUUGUAUGCUUCCUAAUCACUGUCUAGAUACUUCUAUGAAUGGUCUGUGGUUAAUUCUGUGCACAGAAGUACUACAUACAUAAUCUUAUAUUUCUAGGGAAGAAGUCAAGCUCAUGGGCCAUUGUUUUCACUUGCUAUAUUUUCAUAAUUCACUUGCUAUAUUUUCAUAAUUCUCAUCAAUAA